GGUUCGGUGGAAGUGGAGGCUCAGGACGAGAUGGUGACUGGACUUGCGAUGACUGUGGCAACACCAACUUUUCCUGGAGAGAUUCUUGCAACCGCUGCCACUCUUCCAAACCUGGCGGUGAUGGUGGUAGUGGAGGUGGUGGUGAUGAUGAGG